ACCAGUAAUUCCCGUUCCACUCCCACCCUCUCCACAGCAUCUGCAGCGAAAUAUCCAGCAAAUCUGACUGUCAAAAUAACAUUAAGUCAUUUAUAACGAUGGCUGCAACAAUUGGACCCGUUGCAACAGCUAACGCCGAGAACAAGAUGCGUAACCUGAAGCUUGCUGGCCAUGUCGGUUUUGACACACUUCCUGAUCAACUGGUCUCGAAAUCAGUCCAAUGUGGAUUUAAUUUUAACAUUCUCUGUGUCGGAGAGACGGGACUGGGAAAAUCUACUCUGAUGGAUUCUCUCUUCAAUACCAGUUUUGAAUCAAAUCCAAGCCCCCACUCUCUAGCAGGAGUCAAAUUGAAGUCCCAUACAUAUGAACUUCAGGAAUCAAAUGUCAAAUUAAAGUUGACCCUGGUUGAUACAAUUGGCUAUGGUGAUCAAGUCAACAAAGAAGAAUCUUUUAAACCUGUAGUUGAUUAUAUUGAUGCUCAGUUUGAAGCAUAUCUUCAGGAAGAACUGAAGAUUAAACGCCAACUGGCCACAUUUCAUGAUACCCGUAUCCACGUCUGCCUUUAUUUUAUAUGUCCAACUGGUCAUGGUUUAAAAUCACUAGAUUUGGUUUGCAUGAAAAAGUUAGACAACAAAGUCAAUAUAAUUCCAGUGAUUGCAAAAGCUGACACUAUUUCCAAGCCUGAAUUAAUGCGUUUCAAGACCAAAAUCAUGUCGGAGCUCGCCUCGAACGGUGUUCAAAUCUAUCAGUUUCCCGUAGACGAUGAAACUGUUGCCGAAAUGAACCUUUCCAUGAAUGCUCAUUUUCCUUUUGCAGUAUGCGGAUCAACAGAUUUCAUUCGCGUAGGAAAUAAAAUGGUCCGAGCUCGCCAGUACCCAUGGGGCACGGUUCAAGUGGAAAACGAAAAUCAUUGUGAUUUCGUGAAGUUACGUGAAAUGUUGAUCCGCACUAACAUGGAAGAUCUGAGAGAGACUACUCACGUCCGACAUUACGAAAUCUACCGUCGUUUGAGACUGGAACAGAUGGGCUUCAGCGACGUCGACUCGGACAACAAACCGCAAAGCUUCCAGCAGACAUAUGAACAUAAACGUCAGUUACUGCGCAUGGAAUUACAACAGAAAGAAGACGAGAUGAGACAACAGUUUGUCAUCCGCGUCAAAGAAAAGGAAACUGAACUUAAAGAAGCUGAAAAAGAGCUUCAAUCGCGUUUUGAUCGACUAAAAAAAGAGCACGCCGAUGAGAAGAGAAAACUGGACGAAGCUAAGAAACGAUUGGAAGAGAAUCAGAACGAGCUAGCUAAACGUCGUCAACAACUUUUGACCCAGAGUACCGGCACGCUUGGUCACGGCACGCUAACUCUUGGCAAAAACAAGAAGAAAUAAAACCAUCGUACAAAAUGACCCAUGCUUCCAGAAAACGUCUCAUUUCUAUUACCUUUUCGUAUGUAUCACCAUUUUUUCUUAUUUUUAGAUUCUCGAGUGUAUGCCGUUUAAACAAAAAAAAAACUUUUUACAAAAAAUGCUGUCACGUAAUUGGUCGUCAGAUAAGUGCUGAUGGUUUUGUUAUCGGUUAGUUUGACUAGCUCCCCUUUUUCCUUGUUUCCUAUUUCCGAUCUACCUGCCAAUUAUUUUCUCAGUUUUUCCCUUAUUUUUGUUAACGACUAGUCUUUGAACAACAUACAAUAAAGAAUACAUCCAAAUUGGACAGAAA